UAUACUGGUUGACUCUUGCAUUGGGGAGGUGGAUAGAAUAGUGGUGAAAGAGUGAAUAUACUGGUUGACUCUUACAUUGGGGAGGUGGACAGAAUAGGAGAUGAAGGAGUGAAGAUAUUGGUUAACUCGUUUUCUAUGAUUUUAUUGGAGUUUCACACUCUCCCAAAUCUGCACACACACAUCUGCCCCCAAUGCCUUCUUUACACACCUGAAAUGCUUCCUGACAGUGGCGGCUCGUCAAUAGGGACUGCGAGACUGCAGCCCCCCCAGUGGAUUUAUAGGAUUCACGAAAAUAAUGUUAAUUUAUUUAUGUUUGACUAUCAUUCACAUGAAAACACCAGUUCUCAUAUGUUUAUAUAGAAAAAAAAUAUUGCAAAACAGUGAGGAAGUACGGAAAUUAUUUACUAUUUAAUGAUACGAAAACGGGGAGAAACAGUGAGGAAGUACGGAAAUUAUUUACUAUUUAAUGAUACGAAAACGGGGAGAAACGGGGAGAGGCUUCCCGGCCCCGGGCAUAAUGGCGAGUGUGGACUGCAUCCAGCGCAGUCUUGUCCCGGCCGUUGUUGUGGCUAAGUGAGUGUUCUUGCGUCGGUCUUAUUUUCGAUGGUGUUUUUCAGUUUGUGAGGGAUGGAGAGGCUAAAUGCACUUGCCAUGAUUUCAAUAGAGAAGAUUUCUAUGAAUAAUAUGCCAGGUUUAAAUGAAAAAGUUAUUGAUCUGUUAGCACAAAACAGGAACAGGAGAAUGGACUUCCUUUUCAAAUAGCCUAAGCCACCACUAAGGAAGUCAAGCAUUUACUGUUAGGAUAAGACCUAAAGAAUUAAUUAAUUAUCUGUUUAUCUUUAUAAUCUAUCAAUCAAUGGUAUGUUAAACAAUAACAAUAAAAGCAUUUAAUAUUUUAUUUGUGUGAAUGUGAGACAGCCCCCCCCAUCAGUAACAGUCACGAGCCGCCAUUGAGCCUAUGUUGAGUUAAUCAGCCUAUUCUAACUCAUUUAUUUAUUUCUUGUUUAGCACCACAGAAAACGGAAUGCAUGGGCACUUUCCACAGAUUUUUGUGUUCAUCUCACCUCUCCACUUUUCAUAGGCCUGGGUGCUGUUGCAGUAGGCCUAUGUAUAUCAAGAUGGGAGGGAGGGGAGGAGGAGAGGGGUAACAAGUGUAACAAGUGUAACCUCCCCUGUGUGUUAGGUUAGGUCAGCUUAGGUCACACCGUAAUGACCUGUCCGAUGUUGCAGAUGGCAGUGGUCACGCAGCAGCUGACCCCACAGCAGGCCGCCCUCUCCUGUGACCCCCCGACCACCGCCACCACCACCACUGCCAGAAAGAGAGAGGGGACAGAGGGAAAGGUCACCUAACUGUCAGAUGGGUCCUCUCAAGAAUCACAAUCAACUGCAAGUGGGAAGAGGAGGAGGAGGAGGAGGAGGAGGAGGAGGAGGAAGGAUAAUUCUUCCUAUCAAAUUACUGAUGUUAUUGAUGAAGAUACAGUCAAGAGGCACGCAGAAGGGGUGAAGGAGCCACAGGAGGAGGUGACGAGUGGCCCAACCUAAGCUUUUCAGAAAUGGAGUCUUGAGAAUUUACCAGCUAGAUGGGUUUUCUUGGUUACUGACACUUUACGAGAACAGGAUCAACUUAAUUCUGGGAGACGAGAUAGGCCUGGGCAAGACUGUUCAGUUUAUCACCUUGGUGUGUCAUUUGGUGGAGCAGGGAGUGGCCGGGCCCUUCCUGGUGUGUGCCCUAUCCCCACGCUGCCAAACUGGAUGGCUGAGUGGCCAUCAGGGACAUGAGGGCUCUCCAGCAAUACGCCUGGAGAUAUUUGUGUGUGGACGAGGGACACAGACUCAAGAACCACAAGUGUAGGCUGACCAAGGCAGAAGGAGGGACAUUGGUGCCAGUUUGACCGAGGCUUGGGAGCUGAUCAACCCUAGGGCUCUGUUCUCCUUCAGCUGUGUCAAGGGCCUGGGCAGAGAAGAUAACCGUUGAAGGAGCGAGCAUCAGGAAUUGUGUCUGGAAUUCUGAGCACGUCUGCCUCAAUGUGGAUCAACAGUCGCAUAGAGCAGGAACUGAGUGACCCGUACGCACUGGUGGUUCUGCUGCACAAUGACCUUGUUGUUGUUGACCUCCUCUCCCCCGGCUACCCCUGCUUCGAGAACCCUUAUUCAAUGGACAUCCACGAGUCACCUGUCACCUGCUGCACGUACCUGGCUGACUGCCCUGCUGACCUCACCCCUGCCCUCUACUCAGCAGGGGCCAGGGGAGGAGGGCACAGGAAGCAGGGGUUCUCCGAGAAGGAGUGGCCAAUCUCUGGAGGAGAGUGGGGCAGCACCUCUUGCCCCUACCCCGAGAUGAUCCUAACUGGACACGAGGACGGGUCAAUAAAAUUCUGGGAUGCCUCUUCUGUAGGACUCCAGAUUCUUUACAAAUUGAAGACUGCAAAGGUAUGGCCUAUUCCAGUUCAUCCAAGUCCAUCCCAGCCUCUCCCAGUGCAUCCCAGCCUCUCCCAGUGCA